AUGAAGCUAUUGAGAGCCCUUUUGCUUCUGACCAUUUUGCUUUUUUCAUUUCACUGGAAUCAGGCGGAUGCUUUUGUGAAGCUAGUAAUAUUUGCUACUAAAGUGGAGCUGAAAAAUAACAACAAAACAUUCGACGUUUCGUACGCUUUCCAGAAUCCGACAUCUUUAAGUAAUCAAACGCUUAAUUUUGAAUUCGUUCCUAAGCAUAAGAUAAACAAUUUGAAGCUAAAAAUAACCUACAACGUCAUUGCUCUAAACGGGAACAUCCAGAACGAGCUUGUGAAACGCACGCUCGACAUUUGCUUUUUUCUUCAAAAUCCACGCUCCGACCGUUUGAUAAAAAGCUUCUUCGAUUACAUAAAGCAAACUAGCCACCUACCAUCGAGAUGUCCUAUCCCGGUCGAUAACUAUAACAUGCGCAACUUAAGGUUGGCCACUGUGCCACUACCAGCGUUCCUGCCCGAAUCGGAAUUUAUGUUGGAAACGGCGUACUUUUCAGGAGUUAAACAGGAAAUCACGCUUUCAUUUCGAUUGUACGGGAAACUAGUGCGGGUUGUUAAGAACAUUUUACCCACCUUACAGUAG